UCAAAAGAAAAAUUAAAAUUUUAUUUCCAUCUCUCUCACUCACUCACUGAUCAGCUCAAAUUUAGGGCUUUUCCCUUCAAAAUUCCCCCAAUUUCGUUACUACCCUAGCCCCAAAGCACUGUCAAUUCCAUUAACAGAGCACGAAAUUGAUGGUGAGAGGCGCAGAAUCCGGCGGGCCCGAAAAUGGGCCCGGUUCGAAACCGGCGCCGUCUAUAGAGGUCGGCGGCGGCCGGGUGAGGUUCAGGGUAGACCUGAAUCCCGGUGAGUCCACAAUUGUCUCGUGGAGAAAGCUUCUCAAGGAGGCCAAUUUGAGCGAGCCAGAAGGGCCCGGCCAGUCGGGUUCGGGCCAACCUGGUGAAGCCCGCGGUGGCGCCGUGUCGGAGCAGCUCCAUCCGCCGCCUCAUGCGGAGGCUCCUCGUGCGAAGGAAACGGCGGAGAAUGAAUCGAAGGAGUCGCAGGCGAACCGAUUGAGCAACGUGAUUGAGAGAAUUGAGAGAAUGUAUGCGGGUAGCAGCGAUGAGGAGGAUCUCGUUCUUGAUAACAUGCCUGAUGACGAUGAGUAUGACACCGAUGAUUCUUUCAUUGAUGAUACUGAGUUGGAUGCCUACUUCCAGGUUGAUAGGUCUGCUACUAAACAUGAUGGUUUUUUUGUUAACCGUGGGGAGUUGGAACGCAUUGAACUUUCCUUAUCCAUGGACAAGCAGCCAAAAAAGAGGAGAAGGAAAGAUUUGGCGCAAGGUUGUGGGAGUGAUGAUGGACAUAACCAGCAUAAAGUUAUGAAAAUGGGAUCUAAAGGAAAGAAAGCAUCAUCAUCCAUUCCAAGAAGCUCAACUAGUCCGGUUUACAAGGAGGCUAUAUCCAAUGUAGAUAUGCUAUAUUCUCAAGCUGUUUUGACAAAGAAGGCAACAGAUAUCCAAGUUGCUAUAGAUCCUUCAAGAUUGCAGAAUGAUGGUGCUGUAAGCCAGGAUAUGUAUAAGGACCGACGAAAACCAGGAGUUAACCUUAACCCAUCAGAGAAGCAUACUAGCAAAUCCAAAGAGAGUGAACUUCAGAAUAUCUCAACUCAAAGGGCAAAUGAUAAAACUUCACAUAAGGAAUCUAUUGUGCAGAGAAAAGAAGGUUCUAGUGUUAGACCAAAAAAUACUCUUGAGAAGGCCUUCAGAGAGUUGGAGAAGACAGUUGCACCAUUUAGACCACCUUCGACGGAUGCUCAGGAUCCUGUUAAUCAAUCUCAGCCGGGCAAAAAGAGAUUGCCUCCUGAAAUAAAGCUGAAGCUUUCAAACGUUGCUAAAGUAGCGGCAUCCUGCUAUGGACGGAUUCCAAAGGAUGUGAUCAACCGUCUAAUGAGCAUUCUGGGCCACUUGAUGCAGAUUACAACACUGAAGAGAAAUCUUAGGGCCAUAGCUAAUAUGGGAUUAUCCGCUAAACAAGAGAAGGAUGAUCAAAUACUGAAGAUGAAACAAGAAAUUGCUGAUAUGGUUAAGGUGCGGACUGCGCGCAUGAAAUCAAAACUUGAACAGCAUGCUGCGAAUUCAGAUGAUUUUCAGGAAAUCUGUCCAGAUGAGAGAGAAGCUUUGAAACACAAAUACAGCUUGGACGAUGUGUUGGAAAAUAAGAUUUGUGUGUUAUAUGACCUUUAUGUUGAGAGACUAGAAGAUGAUUCAGGUCCUCCAGUCAGAAAGCUAUAUGAAGAGCUUGCUUUGUUAUGGCCCAGUGGCUUCAUGAGCAGUGAUAGAAUUAAACGUGCUAUAUACAGAGCUAAAGACAGGAAAGGACUUUGCAACUUCCGGAAGGAUCGAGAGAAAAUCAAGAAGAAAAAGGAUUCAGCGCCGAAAGCACAGGAUGCCUAUAAUGGUACACUGGCAAUGAAUUCUCACGAGAAAUUAUUGCCUCGCGAUCGUGGUUCUAAGUUGGCAAGCAGUUCAGCUCCCAGUGCUGCUCGUGGGCCUGUUACCACCGCAAAUGGCCCCAAUCCCGGCAGCAACCCGAAGCAGGAAAAAUCAAAUAAGUUAAUCUCCAGCAGCAACCCAGAUCAUGCUGAUGCAAAGCUGUCAAGUUUGCUACCCAAAAAGAAAGUCAAGCAGAAGCCCAGUGCCGAGGUGGCUGAAGCCAAGCUUCGCCUCCAGAAGCUGGAGAUUUCCAAGGCGGAGAAACAACACAAACUUGAUAAUCAUUUGGGUUUUGUUUAACUGCGCAAAGCAUUGCACUGGGUAAAAUAGUAUUUCAAGUUAUUAGAUUUUGUUUUGGUUUAUCAAGGUUUGUAGUAUUUUUGUAAUUAUUGCAACAGAACUACAGUUUUAGAGUAUGUUAUGAGUUAGAUUAUUAUGUUCAAUCUAUGUGAAUAUAAACAUUCAUUCCCAAUCCAAAAUCCAAAUCCAUUAAUGCA